AAAGGGCAGUAGGAAGUUUCUGCUGGGGUCUGGAUUUGGAGCUCCAGGGUUGCAUCGGCCCCGUAUGACCCCAAGCUAAGAACAAAAGAGACCCCAAAGAGUCUACAUGUCUAAUAUUUAGACAUGUUCAGCUUUGUGGAUUCUCGGUCACUGCUGUUGAUAGCAGCGACCGUCCUACUCACCCGCGGGCAAGGAGAGGAAGACAUCCAAACCGGGAGCUGCAUCCAGGAUGGGCUCACGUACAACGACAAGGACGUGUGGAAACCAGAACCGUGCCAGAUCUGCGUCUGCGACAGCGGCAACAUCCUGUGCGACGAGGUGAUCUGCGAGGACACCUCCGACUGCCCCAACGCCGAGAUCCCCUUCGGAGAGUGCUGCCCCAUCUGUCCCGACACCGACGCCUCCCCUGCCUACCCAGAGAGUCCUGGAGUAGAGGGUCCUAAAGGAGACACCGGCCCCAAAGGAGACAGGGUGGGUGUCGCCCACCCCUCAGAGCCCCCCUGCUCUGCAGGGACCCCAAUCCUGCUGGGGCUCACCCCAAUCCUGCUGGGCUCACCCCAACCCCACUGGGGCUCACCCCAAAGACAGGGACAGGGCUGGGUGGCAGUGGGGACAAGGAAUGGCUGGAGGUGGGAACAGGGAUGGGGACACGGUGUUGGGGUGGCAGUAGGGGCAGGGAGGGGUGGUGGGGAUGGGGACAGGGUGACACUGAUGACCCUUUCUGUUCUCCCCCAGGGCCCAGCUGGUCCCCGUGGUCUCCCCGGUCCUCCCGGUGCUCCCGGUCCUCAAGGUUUCCAAGGUCCCCCCGGAGAACCUGGAGAGCCUGGUGCUUCUGGUCCCAUGGGUCCCCGAGGUCCCGCUGGCCCCCCUGGCAAGAACGGAGAUGACGGUGAAGCUGGCAAGCCUGGCCGCCCCGGAGAGCGGGGUCCCCCCGGCCCCCAGGGCGCUCGAGGUCUCCCCGGCACCGCCGGCCUGCCGGGCAUGAAGGGACACAGAGGUUUCAGUGGUCUGGAUGGUGCCAAGGGUGAGCCUGGACCUGCUGGCCCCAAGGGAGAGCCCGGCAGCCCCGGAGAGAACGGAGCUCCUGGGCAGAUGGGUCCUCGUGGUCUUCCCGGCGAGAGAGGCCGUCCCGGCCCAUCUGGCCCAGCUGGCGCUCGCGGCAAUGACGGUGCUCCCGGUGCUGCCGGUCCCCCCGGUCCCACCGGUCCCGCUGGUCCCCCCGGCUUCCCCGGUGCCGCUGGUGCUAAGGGUGAGACCGGUCCCCAGGGAGCUCGUGGCAGUGAAGGUCCCCAAGGUGCUCGUGGUGAGCCCGGUCCCCCCGGCCCUGCUGGCGCUGCCGGUCCUGCUGGCAACCCCGGUGCUGACGGCCAACCCGGUGCCAAGGGCGCCACCGGCGCUCCCGGCAUUGCUGGCGCUCCCGGCUUCCCCGGUGCCCGCGGUCCCUCCGGACCCCAGGGUCCCAGCGGUGCUCCCGGCCCCAAGGGUAACACCGGUGAGCCCGGUGCUCCAGGCAACAAGGGUGACACCGGUGCCAAAGGCGAACCCGGUCCCGCUGGUGUCCAAGGCCCCCCCGGCCCCGCUGGCGAGGAAGGCAAGAGAGGAGCCCGUGGUGAGCCCGGCCCCGCCGGCCUGCCCGGCCCCGCUGGCGAACGUGGUGCUCCCGGCAGCCGCGGUUUCCCUGGCGCCGAUGGCAUCGCCGGUCCCAAGGGUCCCCCCGGCGAGCGCGGCUCCCCCGGCCCCGUCGGCCCCAAAGGAUCUCCUGGUGAAGCUGGACGCCCCGGGGAACCCGGACUCCCCGGUGCCAAGGGUCUGACUGGAAGCCCCGGGAGCCCCGGGCCCGACGGCAAGACCGGCCCCCCUGGUCCCGCUGGUCAAGACGGACGCCCCGGCCCCCCCGGGCCCCCCGGAGCCCGAGGCCAGGCCGGCGUGAUGGGAUUCCCCGGUCCCAAAGGUGCUGCGGGCGAACCCGGCAAACCUGGCGAGAGAGGAGCUCCCGGUCCCCCCGGAGCCGUGGGUGCUGCUGGCAAAGACGGUGAAACCGGUGCCCAAGGUCCCCCCGGCCCGACCGGUCCCGCUGGAGAAAGAGGUGAACAAGGUCCCGCUGGUGCUCCUGGGUUCCAGGGUCUGCCCGGCCCCGCUGGCCCCCCCGGCGAGGCUGGCAAGCCCGGUGAGCAGGGUGUCCCCGGAGACGCCGGAGCCCCCGGUCCCGCCGGUGCCAGGGGUGAGAGAGGAUUCCCUGGAGAACGCGGUGUCCAAGGUCCCCCCGGUCCCCAAGGUCCUCGUGGUGCUAACGGUGCUCCCGGUAACGAUGGUGCUAAGGGCGAUGCUGGUGCUCCCGGAGCCCCCGGGAACCAAGGGCCCCCCGGUCUGCAGGGUAUGCCCGGAGAGCGUGGUGCUGCCGGCCUGCCAGGCGCCAAGGGUGACAGAGGUGACCCUGGUCCCAAAGGUGCUGAUGGCGCUCCUGGCAAGGACGGUCUCCGAGGCCUGACCGGUCCCAUCGGCCCCCCCGGCCCCGCUGGUGCUCCUGGUGACAAGGGUGAAGCCGGUCCCCCCGGUCCUGCUGGUCCCACUGGUGCCCGCGGUGCUCCCGGUGACCGCGGCGAGCCCGGCCCUCCCGGUCCUGCUGGAUUUGCUGGCCCCCCCGGCGCUGACGGCCAGCCUGGUGCUAAAGGUGAAACUGGGGAUGCUGGAGCCAAGGGUGACGCCGGUCCCCCCGGCCCCGCUGGCCCCACUGGUGCUCCCGGACCUGCUGGCGCUGUUGGUGCUCCCGGUCCCAAAGGUGCUCGCGGAAGCGCUGGACCCCCUGGUGCUACUGGUUUCCCUGGUGCUGCUGGAAGAGUUGGACCCCCCGGCCCCUCAGGCAACAUCGGCCUCCCCGGCCCGCCCGGCCCCAGCGGGAAGGAAGGCGGCAAAGGACCCCGCGGUGAGACCGGCCCCGCUGGCCGGCCCGGAGAGCCGGGACCCGCCGGUCCCCCCGGUCCCCCCGGAGAGAAGGGAGCCCCCGGCGCUGACGGCCCCAUCGGCGCUCCCGGCACCCCCGGACCCCAAGGUAUCGCCGGCCAGCGCGGUGUCGUUGGUCUCCCCGGCCAGAGAGGCGAGAGAGGCUUCCCUGGGCUGCCCGGCCCCUCCGGUGAACCCGGCAAACAAGGUCCCUCCGGCUCCCCCGGCGAGCGCGGCCCCCCCGGCCCCAUGGGCCCCCCCGGCCUGGCCGGACCCCCCGGAGAAGCCGGACGCGAGGGCUCUCCCGGUGCUGAAGGUGCCCCCGGCCGUGACGGUGCUGCUGGUCCCAAGGGCGAUCGUGGUGAGACCGGCCCCGCCGGCCCUCCCGGUGCUCCCGGUGCCCCCGGUGCCCCCGGCCCCGUCGGUCCUGCUGGCAAGAACGGAGAUCGUGGUGAGACCGGUCCCCAAGGUCCCGCUGGCCCCCCUGGUCCUGCUGGUGCUCGUGGUCCUGCUGGUCCACAAGGUCCCCGUGGUGACAAAGGUGAAACCGGCGAGCAGGGUGACAGAGGCAUGAAGGGUCACAGAGGCUUCUCCGGUCUCCAGGGCCCACCUGGUCCUCCCGGCUCUCCUGGUGAACAAGGUCCUUCUGGUGCUUCUGGUCCCGCCGGUCCCCGAGGUCCUCCCGGCUCCGCCGGUGCUGCUGGCAAGGACGGUCUGAACGGGCUGCCCGGCCCCAUCGGUCCCCCCGGCCCCCGCGGCCGCACCGGAGACGUCGGUCCCGUUGGUCCCCCCGGCCCCCCCGGGCCCCCCGGUCCUCCCGGCCCUCCCAGCGGCGGAUUCGACUUCAGCUUCCUGCCCCAGCCGCCCCAGGAGAAGGCUCACGACGGCGGCCGCUACUACCGGGCCGAUGAUGCCAACGUGAUGCGCGACCGAGACCUGGAGGUGGACACCACCCUCAAGAGCCUGAGCCAGCAGAUCGAGAACAUCCGCAGCCCCGAGGGCACCCGCAAGAACCCCGCCCGCACCUGCCGCGACCUCAAGAUGUGCCACGGCGACUGGAAAAGCGGCGAGUACUGGAUCGACCCCAACCAAGGCUGCAACCUGGACGCCAUCAAGGUCUUCUGUAACCUGGAGACGGGCGAGACGUGCGUGUACCCGACCCAGGCGUCCAUCGCCCGCAAGAACUGGUACCUCAGCAAGAACCCCAAGGAGAAGAAACACGUCUGGUUCGGCGAGAGCAUGAGCGACGGCUUCCAGUUCGAGUACGGCGGCGAGGGCUCGGACCCGGCGGACGUGGCCAUCCAGCUGACCUUCCUGCGCCUCAUGGCCACCGAGGCCUCCCAGAACGUCACCUACCACUGCAAGAACAGCGUGGCCUACAUGGAGCAGGCCAGCGGCAACCUGAAGAAAGCUCUGCUGCUGCAGGGCGCCAACGAGAUCGAGAUCCGCGCCGAGGGCAACAGCCGCUUCACCUACGGCGUCACCGAGGACGGCUGCACGAGUCACACGGGCGCCUGGGGCAAGACAGUCAUCGAGUACAAGACGACGAAGACCUCGCGCUUGCCCAUCAUCGAUUUGGCUCCUAUGGACGUCGGCGCUCCGGACCAGGAAUUCGGCAUCGACAUCGGCCCCGUGUGCUUCUUGUAACCCCGGAUGCCCCACGCGUGACAGGAGAGAGUAAUAAUAAUGAUAAAAAUAAUAAUAAUAAUAAAAAAAAAAACCACAAAAAAAAAACAGCCAAAA